AAUAGAGACGGUAAAGAGAACAGAGGCAGAGAAAACAGAUCAUUAUACAGCAAACGAGCAAGAGGCCGCUGAAUGAAUAACAAGGAAGGGAUUACAAAGCCCAGGACUAAAAAAAAAAGAGGAGAGGACGCCGGCUGAAGACUCUCUUCUCUCUCUCCUUCUCCCACUCCCUCCCCCCUCUCUAUCCUCCUUGUCACCCUCCCGACUCUCAGAGGCUCUCCCUCCCCGACGAGCUCCUUCAGUAAAAGAUGGCAUGAGCACACUGUCUCCCGUCCUCAGCUUGUGGAGUAUCUUCCUCCCCCUCUUUCACUCUCUCUCUCUCUCUCUCUCGUCUUCCUCCACUUCUGCUCUGUUUUCGCCUCAUCACUCCACCUGUCUUUGCUCCACACGGGUUCAGUACAGAGGGUGAAGAGGAGGGGAGGGAGGUAGACAGAAGCUGACCUCUCCCCUCCUCCCGCCUCGCACCCGCAGGGCCCAGAGAGAGAGAGAGAGAGAGAGAGAGAGAGAGAGAGAGAGAGAGAGAGAGCCGGAGCAGGGAGCUGUCUGAUGACUUGCUCCAAACAACGAGCUCCUUAACCCAGCUGACCACAGCCCGAUCCCCCCGGCCACCCACUCCCUGCCGCCUGCAACUCAGACUCCUUGUGUUUGAGUCGGUGGAGGAGUGAUCCAGGACCAUGUUUGGAUUAAAGACACCACACUUCUACCUCCCAGGUAUGAACCAUGAGUCCAAUAAAUCACCAUCAUUAGGAAUGAUCUCCACGGCAACUCGCACCACGGCCACUGUCAGUCCCCUCAGCCCACUAACCAAUGGGAACGCGGUUGCCCAAUCUGGAAACUCUGGAUUCGCUGCUGCUCUGCGUAAACUGGCCAAACAGGCUGAGGAUCCCAGAGGUUCUGUCCUCAGUGGUGAGUCGUCUCCAGUCUCUUCCCCGGCCACCAGCCACAGCUCGCCAGUCAGCACGCCGAAGCGGGGCUCUGUAGGAUCCCUCCUGGGCCAAACCAGGGGCCACGGUGUCCCCAGCACUCCUCCUGUAGUAACCAUUGCCCCCACCAAGACCAGCAACGGCCUGUGGAGAGCUGACGGACGACAGGUUGAGCCGGGUGUUCAGGGACUCGGCCGGGAGAGGGCGGGUGCUGAGAGCACCCAGCCACAGCAGGACAAGAGAACUCCACCCAUCCCCUCCAAUCACCCACUGGCACACCAAUUUGGCCUCACUCCUAGCUCCAUCAUGCAAAACUCCAGACUACAGAGCCUCAGCAGUUUGCCUGGGCAGAUGCACCCUGUGGGUGCCGUCCCAGAGGAAUACCUGAGAGCACUCCGGCCCUUCGCCACCUCAGAUGACCUGCGGUUGGCCUCUUUACCCCUGAGUCUCGACCCUGCCGCUGCCGCCCAUGCUGCAGCAGCUGCUGCUGCUUACUAUCACCCCGCCUACCUUCACCACCCUCUGUCCUUACCAAGGAUGGAGGAGUCUCUGUGUCUUUCUGCGCUGCGGUCACAGUUCUACUCUGUGCCUGCAGGAGGCGCCUUCUCUCCUAUGCACCCCUCUGCCCUCCACUUGCACCUGCCUGGAGGCCGCUACCCCGGAGAACUAAACCACGCAGCAUUGGCUGAGAGGCUACAGAUGGAGAAUGAGCUCCGCCAACGAGAGAGAGAGCAAGAGCGUGAACGAGAGAAAGAAAGGGAGCGCGAGGCAGGGCUGGAGCGAGAGCGGGAGCGAGAGAGGGAGAGAGAGCGGGAGGAGGAGAGGGAGAGAGAGCUGGACAGACAGAAGGAGAGGCAGAGGGAGAGACAGCAGCAGAUGGUCAGAGCGGCAGAGAGCCACUACCUGGCUGAGUUGCAGGCUCGGAGGGCACCACCGGACGACAGGACCAGGCCAGGGGAGAGGCUGACCCCAAACAGAUUGGAUAAACUCAAGGAUUCUGAGCAUCCAGCUUUCCCAGCACCUAAACCUCUGCCCCUGCAGACUGGCCAUCACUCCUCCAGGGGCUCGAUCCCACACGCAGUUCCCAGCCUGGUGCCUUCUCACCUGGGGAAGCAUUAUGCUGCUGCUGCUGGAGGGAUCCAUGGAGCUCUGGCAGCCGCCAUGACGACCCAGAGGGCCAGUGAGGAGGCCUGGUUAACAAGGCAUCGAGUGCAAGGGCAGGAGAGGGAGGGUAUGCUGGAGCGGGGCCUCAGAUCACCAGGGAAAGGGAUGGAUCCAAGGAGGGACAUCCACAGAAACAGUGCAGUCCAUCACAACCCAGGCAACAAAGAUGUACCCUCCUGCCUCGGUGCUCCACCUCCUCUUAUCUCCCCGAAAGGUCACCAUCAUCCUCCGGUCCCUCCGACUACACUGUGGAACCCAGCUUCCCUUGUCGACACACCUGCAGACUCGCGCAGAAAACUCAACCCUCCAACACCGCCGAGUCGACCGCCUCCCGGCCUGACAAGGGCCGACAGACCCCCGAUAAACUGGGGGGAUAAGCUGGAAGAGGGAGGCAGGAAGAGGGCAGAAGGCCCAGAGAGGUACCCUUCACAGAGGGGGGCUAGUUUACAUGAGUCCUGGAACAGGGCUGAGCAGGAGAGAGCCAUCCAGAGUCUCUACCACAAGCAUCACACCAAUAACCUACACCAGAGAUCCUGCACACCUCUGUCCAUCCCUCGCACUGACCUGGGGGGACGUUGCAAAGAAGCCUCUCUGUCUCCGGUGAGGGAGCGACAGAGUCAGGCUCCCGACAGCAUGUUGGUGUACGACGAGGUUCUCCAACAGCACCGCCGGCUGCUCAGCAAGCUCGACCUCGAGGAGAGGAGGAGGAGGGAAGCCAGAGAGGGAGGUUAUUACUAUGACCUGGACGAGUCAUAUGAUGAGAGCGACGACGAGGAGGUGAAGGCCCAUCUGAGGAGAGUGACAGAACAGCCCCCGCUCAAACUGGACACUUCGUCUGAGAAAGUGGACUUUCUGCGCGUGUGUGGUCUGACCACGCGGGCCCAUCGCGAUGAGCUGCUGGUGCAGAAAAGGAGAAAGCGGAGGAGGAUGAUGAGGGAGCGCAGCCUCUCUCCGCCGGCCGUCCAGGGCAAGAGAAAGUCCUCUUCACCUUCAACACCUACUACUCCCUUAACUACCCCGUAUUCUGCCGAGCAGAUGGACCGCACCACUGAACUGGAGGAGAAAAAAGACUUCCUCCUUAUGUUUAACCUUUCGCAUGUCAGCCCACAGCAGAGGAGAGAUAAGGAGAGGGCAGAGGAGCUGCUGAGGGCUAUCCAGAGGAAAACUGUGACUUUGGACACUCUCAGAUAUAAUCCUUUACCUCCAUGUAGCAGUCCUCCUGCUCCCUCAUCUGCUGACUCCUCAGCCCGUCAGCAGUGUCAAUCAAACGGACAUGUGUACCCAGACUCUCCCAGCCCUUCCCCACCGUACUUACACAGACCUAAGAACCUCCUAAACAAAACGUCCAAGCACUCCAUGGACUCCCAGGUGGCCCAAAUCCCUCCGCCCUUGGCCUCCCAUCAUGAAAAGAACGAAUUCAUGGAGGCUCAGCCAAACAGGAAGUUCAAGGGCCUCCACAACGGCGUGGUGGCUUCUCCGAGGAAAAAGGAGCCCAGUCCAGUGCAGAAUGGAACUAAUCGACCCUGGGAGAGAUUCACACCUGAGGCCUUUGCUCAGCACUUCCACCAGGCUGUGCUACAGUCCACACACCACACGAUGCAGAACAAAGGAGUCUCAAAUAGUGUCCCUGACACUGGCAUGAAGGCAGAGCACUCGUUGCCUCACAACAUCUCUCAAAUGAAACACUCAAGUCUUAACCACGCUCCGCAGCAUGCACACAUCAAUGGCCAUCACUUACAUUUUCCUGUGGCCAGUCAGGAGACUGCAACACCACGGGAAAUCUUGUCUGAUGAGGAAAAGGAAGAAUCUGGGCCGGAGGAGGAGGAGGAUGAUGAUGAUGAUGAUGAUGAGGAGGAGGAGGAGGCGGCAGCAGAAGAAGCUCCAAGGAAGUGGCAGGGAAUUGAAGCUAUUUUUGAGGCCUACCAGGAGUACACGAAUGAAUGGAGUAUAGAGAGGGAGGUUCUUCACAGUCAGUGUAAAAGACUUGAAGCACAGAACUAUAAUCUGACCAGAACUGCGGAGCAGCUCUCUCUCACAAUGGGGGAGCUGGUGAGUCAGAGGCAGAAGGUGAGAGAGGAGCGGGAGAGACUGCAGGCGCAGCUCGAGCACUUCAGGAGGUGUUUGACGCUACCUAACAUUCACUGGGGCAGGGGGCAAGUCAACGGGCACACGCCGAGGUGACCUCUGACCCAGACCCUCUGACGGAUACGCCUCUGACAGUGGAGGAGCAGUAACAAGAACAAGAUGGACUGGAGCCAGACCACUGUCUGCACUUGAAGGAGCCAAUCCAUGUCUUGUUACCUUUCUGGCCAGUCAGUUAUGUUAUCUGACUGGUUCCAGAUUCAAUUGAUUACCUGCCGUGUUUGCCGCGGUAACAGCAAUCCAUCGUGACCAUAUAGUCCGGGCAUUCCCCCUCUGUCUCUCUCUUGUUGGAGUGUAACAACAUAGACCAAGGACUGUAACAACACUGUGUUGGUCAAACAGCAUCUUCGUAACCACUACCAUUACUCCAUGAUAUGGCUUUAAGGAGUUUUCACUGUUUAACUCAUGUCAUAUCAGUUACCUGCAUAAACUGUACUGAUCCACACUAAUGGGAUGAUCACUUGACACAAACCUGUAGCCUCUCUGGACAGCAACGAGGAGUGUGCAGUGGUCACUUGGUUAGAACUCAGAGAGUGAAAAUUGAGUCAAGGAAUCAAAGCACACCUCAUGCCUUAAAAUUGAUAGGAUGCACUUGAAAUGGAAUUUGAGGAAACACUUGACCGUCCUCUGUGUGGUGUAAUGUUGUAGUGUCUACUGAGUACUGUACUGUGUCAGACAGAUGACGCCGUUUUAAUGCUGGUAAUGGUUCCACAGAGGAUAGGAAAAGGCUAUAAGAUAAUAUCUAUAUAAUGGCAAAUGGUAUCGGUGAAGUUUUUUUCAAUUUUUUUUCAUAGGUUAUUACAUUUUCUGUCGUUAAUGUUACUUGUGAUAGACAAAGAAUUUUGUAUGUUUUAACCAUUUCCUGUGGGAAGCCAUAUGUGAUAUUUGAACUGCUGCUGGUCAGAAUAAAAAAGUUUAGAAAAUGAAGGAUGUUAAAACGGUCGGUGUUUGAAAAGUCUCAUGUGAUGUCACAGUGUUUGAGGGGUGGACAAGAUAAAGUGGACAUAUGUCUGUCUUCAUCUCAGAACAUCAUCAAGUCCUGAUUACCGUUGUUCAGAUGGUCCGCCCCAGACUCUGUAUCUGACGCCCUUCACAUGCCAGUAAAUAUUGACCAAACUUGAGUGAAAGUUCUGAUUUUAUUUUAUUUAUUUUGAAGGAAUUUAGCUAAUUUCUACAUGUAGCUAGAGAACUGGCAUCAGCUGAGUGAGACGACAGUACGUUAAGACAUUCUGUUCAACCGUACAAAUAUUUUCACUGACCAGAAGAAUAUAUUUCCUACAGCAUUAUUAUGAAGUUCAAAUUAAGGAAAUGGAAAAGCCAAAUUAUCAUUUGUGUAUUUCCACUUGGUACUCUUAAGAGUACAGUGAUGGCACUGUGGUUAACAAACUACACCUCCUGUGGUCUUUGGAAGAGAUUUAUUUUUGUUUAAGACAGAUUGAACAGUGUCACACAUAACUUCUGCCUCUUUGCUUCUGAAUAUUGGAAAUGGCGCGAGCCCUCUCCUUCAAGCACAAACUGAAAUAGAAAUCUCCCCAAAUCACCUGACCUCCCUGCGUCACUUCUUCACUCCCCUCCACAAACCUGCUGUGAAAUCCUGCAUAUUUGUUUCAAUCAGUUGUUAUGUAAUGUAUUAUUUGGGCUGUAUAAUUGCAAUGAUUUAUUUAUUAACAUAUAUAUUGCUGUAUAUUCUGAUGGAAAUUUACAUUAAAAUAUUUGUAAAAUGUC